CAUUUACUUUCACUUGCUAAGAGACAGACUACAAUGGAGUCUGUGAAGAAGCCUCACGCUGUUUGCCUUCCUCUUCCAGCCCAAGGCCAUAUGAACCCCAUGUUGAAGAUAGCAAAGCUUCUUCAUUCACAAGGCUUUUAUGUCACCUUUGUCCUCACAGAGUUCAACUACCAACUCUUGGUGAAGAGUAGAGGCGCAAAUUCUCUCAAGGUGUUCGAUGAUUUUCGGUUUGAGACCAUCUCUGAUGGCUUGCCACCAACAAACCAACGAGGCAUACUCGAUCUUCCGGCCCUUUGUUUGUCCAUGCCAGUUUACUCUCUACUCUCCUUCCGAGAGCUCAUACUGAAACUCAAGGCUUCCUCAGAUGUUCCUCCUAUCACUUGCAUAGUAUCUGAUGGUGUUAUGAGCUUCACCUUAGAGGUUGCACAAGAGUUUGGUAUCCCUGAGAUGCUAUUCUUUACUCCCAGUGCUUGUGGCAUGUUGGGUUACCUCCAUUUUGAGGAGUUAAUUCAAAGAGGCUAUUUUCCCUUGAAAGAUGAGAGCUGCCUAACUAAUGGAUAUCUUGAUACUUCUAUUGAUUGGAUACCGGGUUUGAACGAGGUCCGAUUGAAAGAUCUUCCCACCUUCAUUCGAACUAGUGAUCCCAACGAUACAAUGUUCAAUUACAACUUACUUUCAGUGAAUAAUGCCUUAAAGGCCAAAUCCAUAAUCCUCAAUACAUUUGAGGAUUUGGAGAAAGAGGUCUUGGACUCCAUCAGAACCAAGUUCCCCCCGGUUUACACCAUUGGCCCUUUAUGGAUGCUUCAACAGCAACUCUCUGAAGCAAAACUAGACUCUAUAGAAUUGAAUUUGUGGAAGGAAGACACGAGAUGCCUGGACUGGUUAGAUAAAAGGGAGCGAGGUUCGGUUGUGUAUGUGAACUAUGGAAGCCUAGUGACGCUGACACCAUCCCAGUUGAGUGAGUUCGCAUGGGGACUAGCUAAUAGCAAGUGCCCAUUCUUAUGGGUGAUUCGAUCAAAUCUAGUGGUCAGUGAGACCGAGAUUAUAUCCAAGGACUUCAUGGAGGAGAUUAGUGGUAGAGGCCUGCUUUCUGGUUGGUGUCCACAAGAGAAAGUUCUUCAGCAUCCGGCGAUCGGGUGCUUUCUAACGCAUUGUGGAUGGAACUCUAUUCUGGAAAGCAUUUGUGAAGGAGUGCCGAUGAUCUGUUGGCCGUUCUUCGCUGAGCAGCAAACAAACUGCUUCUUCUCGUGCGGUAAAUGGGGGCUUGGCGUGGAGAUCGACAGCAACGUUAGAAGGGAGAAGGUUGAGGGGCUUGUGAGGGAGUUGAUGGGAGGAGAGAAAGGGAAGGAGAUGAAGGAAACUGCCAUGCAGUGGAAGAAGAGGGCAGAGAAGGCUACAAGGUCUGGUGGGUCUUCUUAUGUGAACUUCCAUAACUUAGUGAAGCAGCUCAAGGGGAAGCCUAUAAUUGAGACCAAUACCAUCUCCCCAGAAAAUGUUACCUAGUGAGAAUGCUACCCCUUUGCAACACUUCUGCUGUAUUUUUCACAGUUGAAGGUGGUUAAUGGAAGAAAAAUAAAUAAUAAUAAUUAUUAUUAUUUUCAUUUAA